AUGCGCAGAAGAAACCAAAUUCGCGAGUCCGGCCCUGAGGAAGGCAUCACCUCUGACAACUACCUUAUCCAGCUUUUGCGAGAGGAAGAAGUCGUCGAGGCCAUCCGGAUGGUCGACCCCGAGAAAGCUUCAGAGCCGAAUCGCAAAUUAGAACAAAAUCUGCAAGAACCAUGGACCUACCUCAACAAAUCCAACAAGAUACCAAACGAAGAAAGACUAAAAGCAUUUCAAGCCCUCAAGAAGGAAUCCGAAGAAGCCGAAGACAUCAAAGAACCCACAGCACUCACCGAGGAUAAUCCUCUACACUCCACAGCGGCCUUGGUAGAGUACUCUCCCCCUCGCAAAUACCACCCCCAACGAAUCUCCAUCAAAAACAAAUCCCUCGUUCGCCCACCCAGCCACAAUGGCGAAUACACCUGGUCUCGCCUCAUCCAUCACAUAAACCAAGAAUUCAAACGGGCCGCCAAAGAAGCACUCAUCGCCAGAGACACGCCCCUUUCCAAUGCUAUCAGACACGCUAUCCUCGAAACUCUAGGAACCCAAUCCCACAAUCACAAUAUGAGGAACAAUACAGAGAGCCCAUGGAAGAUCCCUGAGGAACUAAAGUAUCGGCCUUUUGAUGCGGUGAGAGCAUUUGAGGAUGAUAGGAGGGAAAGGCCUUUGAGGAUUGCGGCGAAGAAGAUUGCGAUUGUUGUUACGCAGCAUUGA